AUGAAUGGUUCAAAUUCUAUGUUCAGUGAUGAUUCUGAUACAGAAACCUUUACCAAUGAAUUUCUUAAUAGUAUUCCUGAAGAUAGUGAUGAAGAAGAAUGUUCUUCUGAGAAUUCAAAUCGCACUUUUAUUCAUGAUUAUCCAAAUAGCAAUAUAAUUACUACCAUCUAUUAUGAAAGUGGUGGCAAAUCUCAUUCGAGAAAGUACAUUAUUCAUUCGUUAGGUAUUUAUCCUUCCAAUGUAAAAAAAACAAAGAGAACAUCAAAAAAUUGCCCUGAAUAUGAAAUACCAGAUAAUUAUAAAGUUGAAACAACUUUAGAAGGGUAUGACAUUAUUUGUGAAACAAAUUAUUCAUCUAAUGGGACGGUAAAGUUUAUACUUAACUGGAAAGAUUCACAAGGUAUUGAUCGAUAUAUCUCAAAUAAUAAUUCUGCAUCGGGUGUUGGCAAAGACUUUUUAAUGCUAUUAAAUAAAAAAACUCGUAUUUCUGGAACUAUUCUAUUUGGUUUUGAUAUUCCUUGUUUAAUUGAAGCACAAAAAUCUAUUUUGAUACCUAUCAAUUGUAAAAAUUCUUUCACUGCUCUUACAUCACGUUCACAACAAAACAAGCGUAUAAAAUUACUAGCUAAAGAUAUUGAAAGGGCAUCACAAAUAAUUUUAAAACAACAAAAUUUUGAUAACACAAAAAUUCGAUAUAUUGAACUUGAAAUUGGUGAUGAAAUAGUUGGGAUUGAUCUAUCAAAAGUUAAUUUAGAUUUUACUAGAAUUCGUCAGGAUGCGGUUGUUUGUGCAUGUGAUGAAGCACUAAUACCAAGAGAUGGGUAUAGACAUUUGGCAGCUAUUAGUCCAAAUCUUGAAAGAGAAUAUCAAAUUAGUAAUAGGCGAAAUGAAAUUUCUAAAUAUAUGGAAACAAUCAUUCCAAUUUAUAAUUGUAAAAUAGAAUUAGAUAAUGUACAAAAUAAUUCUAAUAAUUCUUCUAAUAAUUUUUCUAAUAAUAAUUCUGUAAAUUCUAAUUUUUCUUUAACUAAUGAUCAAAGUGGAAUUUGUUCUUAUCGUUCUAUUAAAGAUUUAUUAAAUACUUUGAUACCAAUUUGGAAAAAAAAAUCAAUUUUAAAUAUUGGCGAUAAUAUUAAAUUAAAAUUUGGUGGUGACGGUCAUAUAGUUACAAAUAAAUAUUCUCACGUUAUGUUUACAAUGUGCUUACUUAAUGAAGGAGAUGAAGUAUUAAAACCUGAUAAACAAUAUUGGUAA